UGAUGCCUCCGGCUGAUCCUCACUGGACGCUCGGCGAAUAUGUGGAGAAGGCUCUGGAACUUUGUGGUUUCCUUUUAUACAGUGGAUUAUGCUGGGAACCCCUGGCCAAAACCUGCGUCUUCGGCUCCCUUGUCCAAGCCCUCCACGGCCCCUGUCUCAGAGCCCUCCACGGCCCUUGUCUCGAAGCAUUCCACGGCUCCUGUCUCCAAGUUGUAUGACCUGCCACUGAUGUCGGUGCGUAGGUCUAUGAACACCCUACCUCAAAAAUUGUCUGCACCCACGCCUGCCACGGUCAAUGAGCCAAUGCUCACGCCUGCCACGGCCAACGAGUUGCCAGCCUCAUCCAUCCCAGAGCCAGUGUUGCCGGCCUCGUCCAUCCCAGAGUCCGCGUUGCCAGCCUCGCCUGUCCCAGAGCCAGCAUUGCCAACUUCGGCCAUCCAGAGGAGGAGGAAGAGAAGAAAAGUUUCUGUUCCCAAGUCUCUUCCCAUGUACAUGACCACAGAGGUCAUUCCUGAGUGUCUGCCCAUGUUUACGACCACAGAGGUCGUUCCCGAGUCUCAUCCCAUGUUCAUGACCAUGGAGGUUGUUUCUGAGUCUCUGCCCAUGCCCACAACCACAGAGGUCGUUCCCGAGUCUCAUCCCAUGUUCACGACCACGGAGGUCGUUUCCGAGUCUCUGCCCAUGCCCACGACCACAGAGGUCGUUCCUGAGUCUCUGCCCAUGCCCACGACCACAGAGGUCAUUCCCGAGUCUCUGCCCAUGCCCACGACCACAGAGGUCGUUCCCGAGUCUUUGCCCAUGCCCACGACCACAGAGGUCGUUCCUGAGUCUCUGCCCAUGUUCACGACCACAGAGGUCGUUCCCGAGUCUCUGCCCAUGUUCACGACCACAGAGGUCAUUUCCCAUUCAUCCAAGACUCUUUGUCUCGAGCCUCCCAUGGCUCCGCCUUCCACGGUUUGGCCCCUCGAGCCUCCCACGGAUCCACCUUCCACAGCUCCGCCUCCAGAGUCUUCCAUGGCUCUGCCACCUGACCCAGUCCCUGUCCUGCGACCGCCUCCCAGGCCUCCUGACCCUGUCUCGGCCCUGCGGCGGCCUCUCAGGCCUCCUGACCCUGUCUCGGCCCUGCGGCCGCCUCCCAGGCCUCCUGACCCUGUCUCAGCCCUGCGGCCGCCUCCCAGGCCUCCUGACCCUGUCCCCACCUUGAGGUCAUCUCCUUGGUCUCCUGGCCAUCCGCCUGAUCUGCUCUGGUCUCCCUGGUCUCCUGGCCAUCUGCCUGAUCUGCUCUGGUCUCCUUGGUCUCCUGGCCAUCCGCCUGAUCUUCUCUGAUCUCCUUGGUCUCCUGGCCAUUUGCCUGAUCUGCUCUGGUCUCCUGGCAAUUUGCCUGAUCUGCUCUGGUCUCCUGGCUGUCCGCCUGAUCUGCUCUGGUCUCCUGGCCAUCCGCCUGAUCGGCUCUGGUCUCCUUGGUCUCCUGGCCGUCCGCCUGAUCUGCUCUGGUCUCCCUGGUCUCCUGGCCGCCCGCCUGAUCUGCUCUGGUCUACUUGGUCCUCUGAGCUUGCAGCGUCGCCCUGGCUCUCCAUCCCUCCGGCUCUGCCUUGGUUUCAAGCCUCCCUGACUUUGCCUUGUUCCUCUGCUCCCCUUGCCCCUUGUGCCCCCUUGAACUGCCUGUUUACCCCCACACCUCAUGACGUCUGGAAUCCGCUCCUUAAAAGGGGGGCUCUGUCACAUAUUCCCUGUUUUUUGUAUUGACUUUUAUGUUGAAAUUAUUGUUUAGUUCCUGUUUCUUGUUAGUGUGUAGUCCUUUUGUAGUUUCAUUUUAUGAUUGUUUCUACAGGUGUUCCUCGUUCCCUUGUUUGCCCCUGUGCAU